AUGGAGAUAAAUAAAGUUCUAUCACUCCAUUAAAUGAUGGAAUUUUUAUUGGUUAAUAAAAUUAAUCUUUAUUUAAUAAUCCUCCUUAGUCACUGUUUAGCUCUAUAGCCAAUUAAAAUACUAGUAGUGUUUUUAGCAAUUAAAACGAUGAUAAUAAAAUUUCUAUCCAGACUUUAAAUAAAGAAACUUUUAGUAUUUCUGUUAACAAUGAAAAUAUAUUCAAUAAUCAAAGUAAUCCAAAUAGUGAUAAUCAAGGCUCUAUCAAGUCAUUAACUGAUGGAAUUUUUAGUAGUUAAUAAAAUUAAUCCUUGUUUAAUAAUCCUUCUUAGCAAUUGUUAAGCACAACAACCAAUCAAAAUGAUACAUAAAAUUAGGAAAGCUAUUUUAAUGGGUUAAAUAUUUAAAAUUAAACUAAUAAUAAGUGUCAGUAAAAUAAUUAGGCUAUAUUUAGCACGCAAUCAAUUUUGCAAAUUUCAUUAUUUUAAAACUAGAAUUAAGACAAUUUAGCAAAGUCUAUUAAUCUAAAUUCAGAUGGUAGAAAUUUAUUUUCUUAUAUUUUAAAUGAGCAAGAAAUAUAAAUAUUAAAAAAAAUAAUUAAAAAAUAAAUUGGCUAAUAUUUGA